AUGUUGUUGACGCUGUACCGUAUGCUCUCGACACCGCACGGGCGACGACUCAUCGGAGAUGCUGACGUUGCUGCGAACGGCUUGAGCCUUUCUCGCAACGGCACGAAACUCUUGUCGUCGCUCUAA